UAUUCCAAACAUAUCGUGGUUUCUCUUAAUUUAUCAGAAGUGUCGUUGUAUGUAAAGAAAAGGGAGAGUCCACAAAAAUAUUCCUUUUUAUUUUCGAAUAUGUAUUUUCAAUUUUAUCAAUUUUCAUUUAAAUUAGUUGAUUAAAUUAUUCAAUCGCAAAUAAAAGCUUUUCUCUCCUCUUUUACAAAGGAACACUACCCAACAACCUACCAACCACCCACAGUCAUUUAUUUUAUUUUUUUUUCCUUUUUUCAAACAAAAAUUUGUAUCUUUUUCCUAUUACAACAACCAAACAACACAAUAAAAAAAAAACCUUUAAAAAUAAAACCUGUAUUUUUGUUUGGAAAGAAACUUUAUUGGAAAAGGAACAAUUGAAGCGCAAAAAUGAUUGGCGUAGGUAGAAAGUGUUAAAAUUGUAAAAAAAAAUACAAAAAAUCUUUUUAAUAGGUAAAAUAAAGAAAAAGAGUUAAUUUUUAAGUUUAUUUUUAAUUUUUUCUUUCAAAUUUUGCAAAAAAAGGAAAAAUUUUUAAGUCGAGCGAAGAUUAAAAAAUUAAAUUCUAUUGCCAAAUUUGCUGUUUUAAUGCAACAUUUUUGAAUAAAAUUUUUAUUUUAAAUUUAAAGACUGAUUUUUAAUUUAAUUUUUAUUUUAACAAAUAUUUUUUAACCAAUAAAAUUUUUUUAUUUUACAGAAAAAUGUAUUAUUAUUCUUUAUUAGAACCUCUCGUUUUAUUCAAAAUUUUAUUAAUUAUUAAUUUAUCUUCCUGUCAAGAUUUUAAAUCGAGAUUUGUACAGGAUGAUUUCCUCCCAAUUCCAUUAUCUGCCCCUCUCACCGAAGCAGAGAAUGGAGGUGUGUUAAAGCAGGAUCCCCGCUGUUUGAAGGAACAUGACGUGGGCAAUGGAACAAACAAAAUUGAACGGUUUUAUUUUGAUGCUCAAAACUCUUCUUGUAAUUUAUUUCUUUAUUCGGGAGAGGGAGGAAACCAGAACAAUUUUUUAACAGAAAUUGACUGUCUUAACAAUUGCUAUAUAGAUGUCAAUGAAGGAGCUCCUUUAAAGGAAGAGGAUGUCCACAUAAUAAAACAAGAAGCGGAUCUCGGCCCAAUUUCAAAUUGUAAUGGAAAGAAUAAGGACAGACCAGAAUGUAAUGAGGAUGAAUCUAAGGGAGGAACAGAAAAGAAAGGAGAAUUAAUUGAAGAAGAACAAUUUUCAGUUAUUUAA